UCCAUUGUCAGCCGAAAGAACGAUAUAGAACGCUCUGGGGUCCUCUUCUCGCCUUGCACCCAUUGUCCCUCGUCAACUCGCCGCCGCAGCUCUCCCUCCCGUCCCUCCGCCGGCUGAGCCCGUCGGUUCGUAGCCGUAGCUCGUCCAAGCUCGUUAUACCAAGUGCCGUCACUGAAACCCGUGCUUCCGUUCCCGAACGGUAGGUGUUGCUGAUAGGCGCUUCUCUCUAUGAAAUGUCUCACUGCUUCCAUGAUUUCGGAAUUUUGAUGAAUCUCUUCUGCCACAAGGAACAUGAAUAUUGUUUGAUGCAUUCAUCAUUCUCAUGAUUAUUCCCUCUGCAGCUGGAAGUUUUCUUGGUACUGGUAUCGAAAUUGAGAGUUCUCUGAAUUUUGGCUUCUCCCUUGUCCAAAGCAAGUGGAGCGACCUACUUUGAGUAAUGGCGGACCCAGUCCUCACAUCCGAUCGGUCUUCCGAUCCUGCUCCACUGGAUCCUGCCUCCCGCACAAUCUGCCAUGUGUGCCAGAAGCAGUUCUCCCAGUACACUUGCCCUCGUUGUAACUCUCGCUACUGCUCACUCCAGUGCUAUAAGUCGCACAGUGUUCGAUGUACAGAAUCCUUUAUGCGAGAAAAUGUAGUCGAGGAGCUGCAGCAUGUCCAGCCUCAUGACAAGACUAAAAGGAAAAUGUUGGAUAUACUUAAAAGGCUCCAUUCAGAAGAGGAAGAGGAAGAGGAAGAUUCCAUGGAUGAGGAUGGUGUAGAUUCGUUGUCUGAGGAGACUAUUCGGAAGAUUCUGUCAGGCGACCAAAUUAGUUUCGAUGAUCUAUCUGCUGAAGAGAGGAAGCGUUUCCAACGAGCCUUGGCUUCGGGAGAGCUGAGCAAGAUGAUUGAGCCAUGGGAUCCGUGGUGGUUUAAACCUUCUGCAAGGAAAAUCCGUCUUGGCCAAGAAGGAAAUCAGCUGGUCCAACCAAUUAAUGAAGAAUCAUCGUCGCAAUCGCUCGAAGAUGGUGAAGAGAGUAGCAGCUCAAAUGAAAUUCCUCCCGGACCUGAAGCUCCAUUACCCCCAAUCAGAAAGCUUAGCUCAACAGAGCCCUCCCCUCUCCUACCUGUUCAUUUGGUCGACAUCAUAUAUAGUUACUGCUUCACCCUUCGUCUCUACAACGGUGAUUGGAGGUCAGACCCCAUAGGGUCAUCAAUGGUGGUGCUGAGCAUCUCCUUGGUUUUGGGCCAUGGAGGGCAGCCCGAGACUGUCCUUGAAGCCUUAUCCCAUUGCCUCGAGCAGACCUGUUCUCCUGCUUAUAAGCACGCUGGAGGCUUGCGAUUUGGGAUAGCCCUUGUGGAUGAUACAGUGAGCAUACUCUCCCUUGGGACAGAUGCUUUGAUCUGCUUGCUCUGCGAUCUUCAGAGGCUUCUUCAGGGCGCAGAAAAGGAGAUGAGAUUGGAGAAGGGGAGAAUGCCGAGAAGGGCGGAAAUCAAGAGCCAACUCAAGCUUGCUCGGAGGAAAGUCUAUUUUAUGAUGUGUUGGGCCCAUGAACAGCCGGAUGAAGUUUGGUCUUCCUUGGCGGCCCUCGUCAGGGCUGAGAAGGACAUCGCUGUGGCCCAUGGAGAGAGUAAGAGGUACGCAAAGUCGGCAGAGAAACCCGAGGGGACGGGGAAGGUUUUGAUAGAGGAGAUUCAGUGACAUAUAUGCUCCUUUUUGGCCUUCUAGGAAAAGACUGAAACUGCGGAAGGCGUCAGAACAGUAUAACCAUGUAAUUAAAUUUUGGCUAACACAUGAAUGUAUUGGACACUAUGUUUAGCCCGAUGUCUAAUCAUAUAAAGUUUGAUAAUGCUGUGAGGUCCCGUAACACGUCUAUCGCGUUCUUCACA